AUGGUGAAGACGGAAGAUACGCAGGCGCCGAAGAGAGACGACGCCGGAGAGAGAAUGCGGCGGCGGACAGAUAAUGCGGCGGCGGCGGACAACGCCGGAGAGAAAUCCGUCGGAGGGCGGCGGCGGACAAUGCGGCGGCGCCGAAGAGAGAUCGCGGACAGAGAAGCUUCUGCGCUGCUCUCUGCAAAAGGGAAAAGGUAA